GCAUUAGGCGCGAUUAAGAAUAAAACAGAUCAUACAUAUCAAGUUUCUGCCUUUAACGCAUUUAGCUGUGACGACGACUUACGGCUUUGAAACAUGGAGGCCGCCUCCGCUCGAGCGGCCGCGAGGGACCGAUGGAACGAGUUGGGUUUUCCGAGACCUUCCCAGCUUCAACGAUUCAUAGCUAGCGCUUGUAGUCCCGAAAAUUACGAACCUAACCUUGCCCUGAACCUCGAAAUCUCCGACCUGAUCAAUAGCAAGAAAGGCAGCGCACCCCGCGAAGCCGCCGUGUCGAUAGUUAACUACGUCAACUCGCGCAACCCCAACGUCAGCCUCCUGGCCUUAAACCUUCUCGACAUAUGCGUAAAGAACUGCGGAUACCCCUUCCAGCUUCAGAUCAGUACCAAGGAGUUCCUGAACGAGCUUGUCAGGCGCUUUCCCGAGAGGCCACCUAUUCGUUAUACCAAAGUCCAGUCUAAGAUACUGGAAGCUAUCGAAGAAUGGAGGAGCACGAUAUGCGAGACGAGCCGGUACAAGGAGGACCUGGGCUUCAUCCGGGACAUGCACCGGCUGUUAAGCUAUAAGGGUUAUCACUUUCCCGAGGUUCGAAGGGAUGACGCCGCCGUUCUGAAUCCGAGUGACAAUCUCAAAUCGGCGGAGGAGAUGGAGGAGGAGGAACGAGAAGCACAAUCUGCUAAGCUUCAAGAGCUGAUACGAAGAGGAGCACCCGAGGAUUUGCAAGAGGCCAACAAACUUAUGAAGAUCAUGGCCGGUUAUGAUACGAGGUCGAAGACGGAUUAUCGAGCAAAGGCGGCUGAGGAUGUUGGAAAGAUUCAAGCCAAAGCGCGCCUGUUGGAGGAGAGGCUUGCUACUUUUAAGCCAGGCGAUUCUAUGAAAGACGGAGACGUCUUCGAGGAGUUAGCCGCGGCACUCCAGAGCGCGCAGCCCAAGAUUCAGAAGAUGUGCGAGGAAGAGUCCGACGACCACGAGGCGGUAGCUAAGUUGUUCGAGAUAAACGACAGCAUACAUCGAACGGUCGAGAGAUGGAAGCUUUUGAAGAAGGGUGAUAUAGAAGGCGCCAACAAAAUCGCUCAAGGCGCACCUGUUUCGACGACGUCGGCAGCGGCCGGGAAGUCUGCAUCUACCGCAAACGAGUUGUCGUUGAUCGACUUCGACGCGGAUGCUGCGGCAAACGGCGCUGCUAACAACGGAGCUGGAUCAAGUUCGCAAGCAGGCGGUCUCGAGAAUGACCUACUGGGUCUUUCCUUAGGAGACAGCGGAGGCUCUUUCGGUCAAGGCGGUGGGAUCUCUCUAGGUUUUGGAUCAAAUCAAAAUGUGCCGGGGCCUGCUUUACUUUCGUCGAUAACCCAAAAUAGUAGUGCAAAAGGACCAGCAUCGAGUCCGACUCCUCCGCCGCAUUCCCCCUUUUCAAGCUUCACUUCGCCUCCUACAGGGUCCCAGUCGAAUACUCCGCAACCGCAUCUGUCUCAGCAAUCUUCGUUUUCUAGGCCGCCACCUCAAAGAUCUCCCGCCAACGAUCCUUUCGCAGCUCUCGCCUCUCCCCAAUUCAUGUCUAAGCCAGCCACUCCUAAGCCUGCACCUGUUGCCGCGACAGCCGAAGACGAUGAGUGGUCAUUUUCCUCGGCGUUGCCUCCUGAACCUUCCCUCCCCAAGGAGUAUCAAGCACUCGUCAAGGAUGGUGCACUCCAGAUCCAACUCAGCGCAUCGCGACCGCCUCCACAAGGCGCCCUGUACCUAGUAUUCAGCUUCUCUAACACCACCGCGGCGCCCAUAAGCAACCUCCACUUCCAACUAGCCGUAACGAAGGGCUACGAACUCCAACUCCAGCCGCAGACAGGCCGCGCUCUACAACCCAAGCAGAAUGCAGGCGUCACCCAGUCCGUCCAGGUCUUCCACGCCGGCGACAGGUCCAAGAAAGUCGAAAGCAUCAAACUCAGGUGGCGUGUGGCGUAUACGCUCGGCGCUGAGCAGAAGAGCGAGACUGGCGAGAUACCCGAGUUUAGCAUCGCGUGAACGGACGAAGUCGCGAGAUGUCAUUGGAAGUGAAGUGAGUUAGUGUUGAAGUUUUGAUGAAAGUGGGUGUGGAAGUAGGCGUGGAAGCAGGCUUCAGAGUGAGUGAGGGUAGGUAAAAGCGAAAUGAGGGUUAAUAGUAGAUUCAAAUGAACAAUUCUCUACUGUGCUCUGCUCACAUU